UCACUCUGAUGGACACGAGCAAGGCACAAGGAGAACUGGGCUGGCUGCUGGACCCCCCAGAGGAUGGGUGGAGCGAGGUGCAACAGAUGCUGAACGAGACACCCCUGUACAUGUACCAGGACUGCCCACUGCAGGAAAAUGGAGACACAGACCACUGGCUUCGCUCCAACUGGAUCUACCGAGGGGAGGAGCCCACACGCAUCCACGUAGAGCUGCAGUUCACUGUGCGAGACUGCAAGAGUUUCCCUGGGGGAGCCAGGCCUCUGGGCUGCAAGGAGACGUUCAACCUUCUGUACAUGGAGAGCGACCAGGAUGUGGGCAUCCAGCUGCGACGACCCUUGUUCCAAAAGGUAACCACCGUGGCUGCGGACCAGAGCUUUACCAUCCGUGACCUGGCGUCCGGCUCCGUGAAGCUGAACGUGGAGCGCUGCUCCUUGGGCCGCCUAACCCGCCGUGGCCUCUACCUGGCCUUCCACAACCCUGGCGCCUGUGUAGCUUUGGUGUCUGUGCGAGUGUUCUACCAGCGCUGUCCUGAGACUGUGCACAGCUUGGCCCAGUUCCCUGACACCCUUCCCGGACCCGGCAGUUUGGUCGAAGUGGCAGGGAUUUGCCUGCCGCAUGCGCAGGUCGGCGCUGGGCCCCCAGGUGCACCCCGCAUGCACUGCAGCCCCGACGGCCAGUGGCUGGUGCCGGUGGGCCAGUGCUUCUGUGAGCCCGGCUAUGAGGAAGGCAGCGGCAGUGUGGGAUGCACUGCCUGCCCUCAGGGCUCCUACCGCACAGACCUGGGCGCACCCCACUGUCUCAAGUGCCCUCACCACAGCACAGCCAAUGCGGAGGGGGCCACCAUCUGUACCUGUGAAAGUGGCUACUACAGAGCCCCUGGGGAGGGACACCAGGAGGCCUGCACACGCCCCCCAUCAGCUCCCCGAAACUUGAGCUUCUCUGUGUCAGGGACUCAACUCUCCCUGCGUUGGGAACCCCCGACUGAUACGGGGGGACGCCAGGAUGUCCUAUACAGUGUGGAGUGUUUGCAGUGUCGGGGCACAGCACAGGAUGGGGGACCCUGCCAGCCCUGUGGGAUAGGUGUGUACUUCUCCCCGGGGGCCAGGGAGCUCACCACACCUGCUGUGAAGGUUGAAGGCCUUGAACCCCAUGCCAACUACACCUUUAACAUCAAAUCCCAAAAUGGAGUGUCAGGACUCAGCAGUUCCGGUCCAGCCAGCGCCUCCCUCAGCAUCAACAUGGGCCAGGCAGAGACACUUUCGGGCUUGUCUCUGAAGCUGGUGAAGAAAGAACCGAGGCAGCUGGAGCUGACCUGGGCAGGGUCCCGACCCCGCAGCCCCGGGGGGAACCUGAGCUAUGAGCUGCAUGUGCUGAACCAGGACGAAGAAUGGCACCAGAUGGUUCUAGAGCCCAGGGUCCUGCUGACGAAACUGCAGCCAGACACCACCUACAUCGUCAGAGUACGCACCUUGACCCCACUGGGCCCUGGCCCUUUCUCCCCUGACCACGAGUUUCGGACGAGUCCCCCACCAGCUUCCAGGAGCCUGACGGGAGGAGAGAUUGUGGCCAUCAUCUUCGGGCUGCUGCUUGGCGUAGCUCUGCUGCUUGGGAUUUACGUCUGCCGUUCGAGGAGAGGACGGCAGCGGCAACAGAGGCAGCGGGACCGCGUCACCGAUGUCGAUCGGGAAGACAAGCUGUGGCUAAAGCCUUACGUGGACCUGCAGGCCUACGAGGACCCUGCACAGGGAGCCCUCGACUUCACCCAGGAGCUGGACCCAGCCUGUCUGAUUGUGGACACUGUCAUAGGGGAAGGGGAGUUUGGGGAAGUUUAUCAAGGGAUCCUGAGCCUCCCCCGCCAAGACUGUAAGACUGUGGCCAUUAAGACCCUGAAAGACACGUCCCCAGAUGGCCAGUGGUGGAACUUCCUUCGCGAGGCCACCAUCAUGGGCCAGUUCAACCAUCCCCACAUUCUGCACCUGGAAGGCGUCAUCACAAAGAGAAAGCCCAUCAUGAUAAUCACAGAGUUCAUGGAGAACGGAGCCCUGGAUGCCUUCCUGAAGGAUCGGGAAGACCAGCUGGCCCCUGCGCAGCUGGUGGCCAUGCUACAUGGCAUAGCAUCCGGCAUGAACUACCUCAGUGACCACAAUUACGUCCACCGGGACCUGGCUGCCAGGAACAUCUUGGUGAAUCAGAACUUGUGCUGUAAGGUGUCUGACUUUGGCCUGACUCGCCUUUUAGAUGACUUUGGUGGCACCUAUGAAACUCAGGGGGGCAAGAUUCCCAUCCGUUGGACAGCCCCUGAGGCCAUUGCCCAGCGGAUCUUCACCACAGCCAGUGACGUGUGGAGCUUUGGGAUUGUGAUGUGGGAGGUGCUGAGCUUUGGGGACAAGCCGUAUGGGGAUAUGAGCAAUCAGGAGGUAAUGAAAAGUAUCGAGGACGGGUACCGGCUGCCCCCUCCCGUGGACUGCCCUGCCCCUCUGUAUGAACUUAUGAAGGACUGCUGGGCAUACGAACGCACUCGUCGGCCCACCUUCGCCCAGCUGCAGGGACAUCUGGAGAAAUUGCUUGCCGACCCCUACUCCUUGAGGACCAUUGCCAACUUUGAUCCCAGGGUGACUCUGCGGCUGCCCAGCCUAAGCGGCUCCGAUGGAAUCCCCUAUCGAAGUGUCUCUGAGUGGCUCGAGUCCAUCCGCAUGAAGCGAUAUAUUCUGCACUUCCGCUCAGCAGGGCUGGACACCAUGGAGUGUGUGCUGGAGCUGACAGCUGAGGACCUGACGCAGAUGGGAAUCACUCUGCCCGGGCACCAGAAGCGCAUUCUUUGCAGUAUUCAAGGAUUUAAGGACUGAGGGUCCUACCAGGGAGCAAGAGCAGGGCCACGGUCACUCCGGGCCCUCCCUCAACCUACAAGAUGUAGGCGACUGGUGCUGCCCCUGCCUACUGUUCCAGAGCUGUGCCUCUGGGCCCAGGAGGGAGCCUGUGUUUUCGAAAGGGAGUGGGUGUACGUCAAGAUGAUUGUGGGCAGGUGGGCCCUGGGGAUGAUUUAAUAUAUAUACAUACAUAUAUAUUUUUGUAAAUAAACAGAAACUGAGUUUUCAUCCCUA